AGAAGGUAGAAAGAGCAUCUGGUCUUCACAAUCGCAAACACCCAAUUUCAGCAACACACAGAGAUCGCGAAGCGAAAGAGAUAGAGAGAGGAAUUAGGGUUUCUGACAGAAUGGCUAUGGGACUAAGGACAUACCCGGACAGAAGGCGUGAUGGAUUACCACAUUUCGACGUCAACCAAGGCGAGGUUCUCAUGCACAUCGUGCCUGCCAUCGCCCUCGUAUUCGAUAAUCGCCUUCCCGAGUUCCCUGGUACUCUUUACGUCUCCUCUAGGCAACUGGUUUGGUUGAGUGACGCGAUUCAGACAAAAGGCUUUGCAAUUGAUUUCCUAUCAAUGUCAUUACAUGCAGUUUCAAAAGACCCCGAUGCCUAUCCUCAUCCUUGUUUAUAUGUCCAGAUUGAUACUGGAGCUGAUGAAGAGUCUGAGAAUUCAGAUUCAGAAUGUCGUAUCACUAGUGAUACCUUGGACUUAGCUGCGGUUAGAGAGCUGAGGCUUGUACCUUCAAACCCUGACGAAUUAGAAACUCUGUUCGAAAUAUGCUGUCAGUGUGCUGAGCUUAAUCCGGAACCAACUGGAGAUGAAGAAGAAGGGUACAACUGGUUUUUAAAACCCGAGCAGUUGAAGCGGCUUAAACUUGAAAUGGCAGAACUAGAACAUUUUGGAGAAGAUCCGGAAGAAAUUUUCCCCACAUAUCCAAAAAACUCAAUCGGCCAAUCAAAUGUGGAUGAUGAUCAACUAGCUCGCACGGUGCUUGAGCUUCAAAUCAACGAUAAGCGUUUUGAGGAUGCAGAAGAGGCAGAACCCGGAAACGACAGUAACCGUCGGUGAGCUUGUACCUCGAGAAGUAAAGUGCCCUUAUGUGUUACAUUUCGUCAAUAUAUAAUACCUAAAUCCUUGCUGUAUAUGCAAAUUUUUGUGUUUCACAUCAGACGGACAGAUUGAGCUUUUGACUACCAUGUUAAACUCGGCCUUUAUUUACCGCUUAAUGACAACUUCUAUGGCUACAGUUUCAAUGUUGAAUGCUCAUCCUGCUCAUUUGGAA